AUGAGUGAAAUGUAUUCAAGAACUGAAUCUGUCACCUGUUCUUGGUGUAAAGAACCUGAUCCAUUAUUCGAAACUAAUGGAACUAACUUGGAACCAGUUGCGAGAUUGUCCUGUCUUCAUAGCUUCCAUCUUAGAUGUAUUAUUAUUUCCUUAAAAAAAGAUAUGACAUAUUCUCAUUGUCAACAUCUUAUUUAUCUUAAUGAUAAUGAUGAUGCAAAGCUAAAUCCUAGAAAAGAUGAUAAUGUUAAAAAAUUUUUUAAAGAAUUAACCAACAGACCACAAGACUUCAAUCCAUUACCAGAGGUGUCAGAUGUGAAAACGGGGAAUCCUACAACUCCAGACUGCAUGGAAUAUGAAAUCCUUGACUCUCACUAUCCUCUUGGGGAAGCAUUGUAG